AUGAUGAACAUUUCUGCAAUAUUCUUCUUCUUCUUCCUUUUCACUGUAUUCUGUACGUGGAUACGUGGUUGUAGCAGUGAGGGAGCAGCGGAACUUUUCAGUGGCUACUCUCUUAAUCAUCCGCUUGCGCCAGCAUUAUACGUGUUCGGGGAUUCGCUGGCGGACAGCGGCAACAACAAUUUUUUACCCACCGUGGCCAAGGCCGAUUAUCUGCCUUAUGGCGCCAACUUCGUCAACGGAUUCACCGGCAGGUUCACCAAUGGCAGAACUGUCCCUGAUUUUAUUGCUGAAUUUCUUGGACUGCCACUUUCUCCACCAUACUUGAGUAUUCAGAAAUCAACACCAUUGGCAGGCGUGAAUUAUGCAUCUGGAUCAUGUGGGAUUCUUCCUGAAAGUGGAAACUAUCUGGGUAAAUGUUUAAAUUUGAAGGAACAAAUUAAAUUGUUUCAAAUGACAGCUGAAAUGGAAUUGCCUAUUAAAUUUAAAAGCCCACAAGCGCUCGCAACAUAUUUGUCAAAGUCUAUAUUUGUAGUCUUGGUGGGCAGUAAUGACUAUUUGAACAAUUAUCUCAAGCCUUAUUUUUAUGACACAAGUAAGCGGUACUCUCCUCAGGCAUUUGCUCGACUCCUCAUUGAUAAACUCGCUCAGUCUUUUGAGAAGUUACUGACGUUAGGAGCGAGAAAGAUAGUAAUGUUUGAGAUUGGGCCAAUCGGGUGCAUCCCAUCCAUCAGAAAGGACAUAAGAUACGAUGCUAACCGUGAAUGCGUGGCUAAAUCCAACCAGCUGGUUUCAUAUUUCAACGCCAUGCUUUCUCCCAUGCUCCAAAACUUCACCUCCUCCUUCAAGCCCUCCACCUUCGUUCUGGGCCGCGUCAAUGCCCUCGCCCACCAUGCCAUCCAAAAUCCUUCCCUUUACGGGUUAGCAGAUGCGGAGAACGCAUGCUGCACGACGUGGUUGAAUGGGACAGCUUCGUGCAUUCCGGAGCUACCGCCGUGUCCAGACGCAGGCCAACACUUCUUUUGGGAUGCUUUUCAUCUUACGGAGGCUGCCUAUUCCCUGCUCGCCGCCCAGUGCAUCACCAAUGACUCAGUCUGCCGUCCCAUGAACCUUCACAACCUCGUUCGCCUUUAGAUAUUUGAAAUCAAUCUGUGCAUGCACGCAUGCAUACAUGCGUGAGACCGUUUACUUCAAUUACAUCCCCUCGAAGUUCUGUUCCAUUUGUUGAUAUAAUUAAGCGUCUAUUUUUUUUAUUUAUUUAUGAAAUUUAAUUAAUUAUCUUGAUCAA